AUGGACGAUCAGAUCACACGCCUUGUCGACAAGGUGUGGGACAAGUUCCUGCGAACACCUCCAGAGCGGCGGCUCAGCAAGACUACACUCUCACAACUGCUCACAAGCAAACUCAACGCACGGCACAUGACGCUUGAUCCGUCAUCACCAGAGUACACAUCCACGGCCGUGGCAGCCUUCGUGCCAAUGGACGGCUAUCACCUCACACGGGACCAGCUGUCCGCCAUGCCGGAUCCCAUCACCGCCCACGCCCGCCGCGGCGCCGAGUUUACCUUUGACGGAGCCUCGUUCCUGAGAUUAGUGCAGGCGCUGCGGGAACCCCUGGCCCCUUCAUCAGAGACAGUGUACGCACCGUCGUUCGACCACGCCGUCAAGGACCCAAAAGACAACGACAUACCGAUUGCGCCGUCACACCGCAUCGUCGUCUUCGAGGGCAACUACGUCGUGCUGGAUCAGGCUCCCUGGAGCGAUGCCGCGGCGCUCAUGGACGAGCGGUGGUUCGUCGAGGUCGACUUUGCGGUGGCGCGGAAGAGGCUCGUCAGACGGCAUGUUGCGGCUGGGAUCUCGCCCGACGAGGCUGAUGCUGACAAGCGGGCGACGGAGAACGAUCUGGUAAAUGGGGCGGAGAUCGUAGACAAGAGAUUACCGCUGGACGAGAUUAUUGUGUCGAGGGAGGACGAAGCAUGGGUGCAUGAGUGA